AUGACAAGAAAAGGCAAGGGGUAUAAAUCUGAAAAAAGCCAAGACGAAGAGGGUUGUUUCGACAACGAUGCCGAGGCCACUGAAGAAGCUGGCGCUACUGCAGCUAGCCCUGUAGCUGCUAAUGCUAUAGUCCCGGCUACAAACGAAGACGUCUUGGCAGCAAUAAAAGCAUUGAAAAGCGCUGUAGAUGUGAGAUUCGACGAGCUAAAAGGGUCCCUAUCCACCCUCAAAUCUGCUCUAUCAGACGUUACUGAACGUGUGUCGUCAACCGAGGCUGCCGUGGAAUCGCACGAGAAACGGCUAGAGGAGCUGGAGAGGCGACACGCUAGCCUUGAAUCCCAGUACACGCUACAAGAAGCCAAGCUAGACGACCUUGAGGCUCCCGGAGGCAGAACAUCCGCAUCAUCGGAAUCAAGGAGAAAGCUGAAAACGGUGAAGGAGCUGGUGUUGAAGCUUGCCAGGGAGAAAACGCCGCUGCAGUACGACGGGCGCUCUGUGUUCAUCUUUCCUGAUCUAACGUCUGCUACCAUGAAGAAACGGAAGGUGUUUCAGCACAUUAAGGAGAAAUGCAGAGUCAGGAAAAUCAGGUGCGGUUUCAGGCACCCAGCAAACUUUGUGGUCACAGUGGAUGGCAAUACUGGCACGUUCAACACCCCGGACGAAGCCGAAAAAUCCCUGAGUCGGGAGGUACGGGACUGGAACAUGAAUGUUGGGUCAAGCCGACCUGUCGGGUCGUCAGGGCUCCGUUACCGUGGAGACCACCCGGAGCCAUGGCCACCCACACGGAGCUGCCCGCCUCACAGCACACCUCCUCCCCAGAGGAGGCGCUCUCUGAGCCCGCAGGACGCAGAGAGCGCCGGGAAGAGGCGGGGCCCUGGAGAUAAGAGGCGGGGCCAGGAGGAGAAGAGGCGGGGCCCCGCAGAGAAGAAGGAGGGUGUGACGGUGAAGAGGACGUGCAGCGACGGGAAGCGGCGUUGGGAUAAGAAGCAUUACUGCGCGUUCUGCCGGCGGCCGCAGGUGAAGAUCGCACGUCACCUGCUGACCAAACACGCCGACCAACAGGAAGUGGCGUCCGCCAGCAAGCUGCCGACAGGCUCCAAACAACGGCACCUGCUGCUGGAGCAUUUACGCUGCCGGGGCAACUACAUGCACAACAUCGAGGUGAUCAGACAGGGCACCGGAGAGAUCGUCCCGUGGCGUCAGCCCUCAGAGGACGUCGAUGCGAGGAACUACCUUCCCUGCCCGCUCUGCCUCGGUUUCUUCCUUCGCGCUGAUCUCUGGAAACAUCAAGCCUCCUGUCGUAAGAAGCUGACCUCUGACCCCUCCAAAGGCUCCGCCUCCUCAGCAGAGACGACCCCUGACCUCGUGAAUGACGCAACCUCUGACUCCACUGGUAAGUCGGCCUGUGAUCCAGCAGCCGACGGGACCGACGAGUCCACAGAGGAAACUUCUAAACCCUCAGGAGACACGACCACAACGGACCAGACCGGGACAUCUGAGACUGGGACCAAACAGCCCAUGACCUCUGACCCCAUUGUUGAUCAGAAUGUGACCUCUGACUCGGGGGCGGACCAGCCCAGGAAGCGCAGCAGGGUCCAGGCUGCGGCAUCCCGCCUCCUUCCGAUUUCCAGCGGAGCAUCUGAGAGCUGCAGCGAAGUCCUGCACCGCAUGAACCAAGACCAGGUCUCCCACCAGGUCAAAUCUGAUUGGUUGAUCUGUAAAUACGGAAACAAGUUAAUGGGGAACCAAGAUGGCAGCCAGAGGAGGUACGACUACGUCAGUCAGAAGCUGAGGGAGCUCGGCAGGUUCCUUCUAGCUGCUAAAUCUCUGGACUCUGGCGUCCAGAACCUGCAGGACCUUCUGGCUCCGGGCCGCCUCAGCCUGGCUUUGGCUGCUGCCAGAAAGGCAUCCGGAUACCGGUGGAGCCGCCCUCCACUGGUGGUGAAGACCACGCUGAAGACGGCUUGUGAAAUUGCGAUUGGAGAAAGUCUGCAGGACGGAGACUGGGAGGCUGCAGCCAAGACCACGGACUUCUACCACCUGCUGGGGAGGGAAUGGGACAACCUGGGGCUGCUGAACCCGGACCCCAACUCAGCCGCUGCAGUCGGAGCCAAGCUGAAGAAACGAUUGGUCCAAUCAAGAAGUGAGAAGUGUAAAGAGCAGUCUGAACCCAGACCAGAGGUUUCAACUCAGAGCAGUAACCGACCGGUGACCUCCAUGAGUCCACCAGAGUCCAGGCUGCAGACUGCUAUUACAGUCCCUGUGGCUCCUGGCAAGGUCCGACGUCGCCCAUGGUCCUCUGCAGAGAAGGAGGCGGUCUGGAGACAGUUGGGAGUCCAUGUGCUGGUCCAGUCAGUACCGGGAAAGGAGGUCUGUCAGCGCUGUCUGGACCUGGAGCCUGUCCUCAGAGGGCGACACUGGAAAGAUAUCAAGAACCAGGUCCACAACCAGAUCCAGAGCCAAAAGAAGCAGCAGUUCCAUGCCCAGAUGGACUUCCAGGAGAACCAGGAACAGCAAGACCAGAUCCAGAACCAAAAGAAGCAGCAGUACCAGACCCAAAUGGACCAACAGGGCAAGGACCACAACCAGAGGAAACAGGAGUACCAGGGCCCGAUGGACCACCAAGACCAGGACAAUAUUCACAAUAAGAAGAAACUGCAGUACUCUACCCAGUUGGCCCACCAGGACCACCUACAGAUUCACAAAAAGCAGCUGUGCCAUGCCAGACUGGACCACCAGGACCAUAUUCAGAUCCAUAAAAAACAGCUGUACCAAAUGGGCGACCAGACCCAGGGCCUGCAGACCGCCUUGGACCGGGACACUUCUAUACUGACGGGCACACCUUAUGGACCUGAUGGGACACAUCAAGCCCCUGGACAGUCACUGCUGGAGCGGGACCCCACUAUUGGUCCAUACCCACUUCCACACAGGACACUGGGGCCCCACGUGGACCAGCUGCUGUCCAGGACGGAGUGGACUGACGAGUCUCUGGUCCAGCACUACUCAAUGAGCAGGCAGCUGGACCGGAACCUGCUCCAGGACGCGCCCCCAGGACCGCCGUCCAAUCCACACUCUGGACUGGUCCACUUCUGAUGGACAGGCCCACAAGUCUCCACUAACAAUGAGCAAGCAUGAGGCCUCCUUACCCCCCUGACCUUUUAAGACCUGGGACCUGGAGGACUCCUCCUGCUCCCCAGAAUAAAAUGUAGUACUUUUAAAAUGGAGAACUUAAGGAACAUUGAGAGGAUAGAUCUUUGAAGAACUGUGUGCUCGUUUAGGCUACUCAAGUACUGUACUUAAGUACAAUUUUGAGGUACUUCUACUUAACUUGAGUAUUUACAUUUUAUGUAACUUUAUACUUCUACUCUACAUCUCAGAGUGAAAUAUUGUACUUUAAACUUCACUACAUUUAUUGGACAAUAUAAGUUACGAGUAGGCUACUUUACAGGUUCUUAAAACAAAAUCAACUGAUAAACUUUGAUGUAGUAUUAAGAAGUAUAAAGUCUAAUGAUGAAGUCACUGAGCUUAAACUGAUGAACACAUUAAUGCAUCAAUAAUUAAUAUGUCAUUUGAAAUGGUUCAUUCUGCAUGAGUACUUUUACUUUGGGAACUACAAGUAUAUGAAGAAGCCAAUACUUUUGUACUUCAGUAUCAUUUUGAAUGUGACAGCGUAUUUUUACACAGUGCUCGAGUAAAUCAUUUAAU